AUGAGCAUCACACCCCUCGAUUCAUUGGAAGAGUUGUUGGAUUGGAAAGCAGAUGCUCUGAAAUCGGAGAAGAAAACUGAGUUGAGACACUACAAGAAGGAUAAGUUGAAGGAAGGAGAGCCAGAAGUCUUGAUUUGCCAUGACAUGAAAGGAGGAUAUUUGGCCGAAGAAAGUGAUGACGUUCAUACCUUUACGGACGAUCAGAAACCUUAUGUGUUCUUGAAUUGGUGGAACAUUGACAUCUUCUGUUACUUUUCUCAUCAUUGUGUGACCAUUCCUCCUCGUGGAUAUAUUAAAGUAGCUCAUGAGCAUGGAUGUCUGGUCAUGGGAACUUUCAUAACCGAAUGGAAAGACGGAGAGAAAAUCUGCGAGAAAAUGCUGAAAGAUGAGGAGACUAUUGAGAAAUCGGUGAAUCAGCUAGUAGCUUUGGCAGUUCAUUAUGGAUUCGAAGGAUGGUUGAUAAACAUCGAGAAUGUUUUGAAAGAAGAACAGAUUGCGGGUAUGAAAAAGUUCGUUUCUCUCUUGACUGAACGAAUGAGAGAGGCUGUGGCAGUCUCUCGUGUCAUUUGGUACGAUUCUGUCAUCGCCGAUGGUAAGCUGAGAUGGCAAAAUCAGUUGAACGUCCUGAACAAAGAGUUCUACGAUAGCUGUGAUGGUAUUUAUUUGAAUUACAAUUGGUCGGAUGAGAAUCUUCUGAAUAGCGCUGACUUUGGCAUACUUAAUAGAAUUUAUGUGGGUGUAGAUGUUUUUGCUCGAGGAUGCAUAGGCGAAUGGGAUUGCUACAAACCCCUCAGCAAAAUACGCUACCUACGGAUGUCGAUUGCGUUGUUUGCUCCAGGAUGGAUUUCGGAAAAAUAUCCUUCCUUGGACCCUAUAGUACAAGGAAUCAAAUUUUGGGAAAAACUACGUCCCUAUGUAUCUGAAAGAUCGUUGACGACCCUCCCUUUCUCAACUACAUUUCAUUCUGGAAUAGAAGACAAUACAUUCUGUAUCUCUCGAAUAGAGCCUCAACCUCUUUUCGAAGGUCUGCGGCUUUUACCUCGAACAAAUGGAUUACAUCUUGAGAAAGAAGGACAAUAUACACUUCUUCAUGCAAACUUCGUCAAACAACCGAUCACAGCCGAAAUUUUUUGCGAAAACACAGACAAUUUGGAUUUGUUAAUCAAUGGAGAAGUUACGAGUCCGACGGAGGUGUCAGGAUCUCGCAAGCUUUAUAAUAUUGGAGAGAAGACUAUUCAUACCAUAGGUGUGUUUGUAGUCAUCGGACCAAUCACCGUGAAGCAAUUAAAAAUUGAAUAA